AUGGCUUUGCGUUUGGUGCCCUCUGCAAGGCAAAGUGUGAAUACAUUCGUACGCGCAAUGUCUGGUGGUUUCGGCGAUGGUGCUGGAAAGGGAGGCGGCAGUGGUGGUUCAAUUCGUGAUGCCGGUGGUGCAUUUGGAAAGAUGGAAGCUGCUAGAGAAGAUGAGUAUUUCUACAAGAAGCAAAAAGAACAACUCGAGGAACUGAAAGCACAUCUUCAACAAGAAAUCGAACAUCAUGAAAAACAAGUCGAGAAUCAUAAAGCUAUUCUUGAGAGACAUCGUGAACGUAUAAGAGAGGUCGAAGACAGUCAGAAGAAAACUUUGUAAAGCAUUUCCUCAUUUUUAGGAUCUUUGUAUAAUACAUUUUGAUGCGUUUCAUUACUUUCAUGUUGACCUUCUAUCCGCGAUUAGGAUAGCACUGGUAUUGUAAUAAAUUUUGGCGCUGUCUCGUAUGCAUACA